AAGGUUUUAUAUUUGGACCACUCACAAACAUGGCACUACACUUGUCUAGUUAAUAUAAGGCACUUUUUGAUAAAGAUAACACCAAACUUUCCUUUCUAAACCUACCAACAGUUAUUUCAACCAGCUCAAUUUGUCAUACAAAGUAAAAAACCUGUCUAACAGAAAAAUGGGUUUGAGAGUACUAGCAACCUUUUCUCUUCUUGUUUUGGUCCAUCUCAUCAAUCUUGCUUCUUCAUAUCCUAUUAAGAACAACUUGCCUUCAGAUUUUGUGCAGAAAAGCAAGUUAGAAGAUAAGGCAAUAAAUGGAAGUAAGAUGGAAGGAGGUGGUACUCAUGGAGGAGGUCAUGGUGGCCAAUCACACGGAGGAGGAGCAGUUAUACCUAUUUAUGCAGCUGGGGCUGCAAACAAAAAUCACAACCAUCGUGGUGCUGCCGACUGCAACCUCAACAAAAUCAAAUUUUCCUCCAUGCUUAUGAUGAUAUUUGUCUAUCCUCUGAUGCUGCUUAGUUUGUUAACAUAGAAAUUACAAAAAUAGCUCAGUAAAUGUUAUGCAAUAAAUGUAACACAUUUUUUUCCCUACAGUAAUGUUUUCUAGUUCCCUAAUAAUAAGGAGUAAUGUAUUUUGUUCAGUUAGGAAUUAUGACACUAUGCAGAAUGUGUCAAAGAAAGAAUGUUAACAUGCUCAAAUUAUCAAAUUAACAUACAAAUGAAAUAAAGUUAUAGAUUUCAUGUAAGCAGAAAGUUACCUUUGCCCGGAUCAGUGGUAAGUCUGAAAAAUACAAAUUAGUUAGGUUGUCGUGACAUGAUACAUGAAUAUAACAGAAAACAGCUCCGCGCAAAUAUUAUAACUUUUCAUAAUUGAUUUCGCUUAAGAUACAAAUUUGAAGCAGUGUUUGCAAGUUUAAUGUUACAGUUUAUACAGUGAACUAAAGUUCAUCUUUAGUAAUAUUAAAGCUGUCCAGCAAAAUUGGCACUCAUAAUAGUUUUAGAACUAUUUUCCCUGCUCAAAAUACCAUUGUUAUUUUCUUCCAAAUCGGGGUCAUGUUACCUGUGAUUUUUGCACAGACAUGUCUUUUUUUUUAGUCGAAUAAAGAAGAAAAUAGCUAAAAUCCAGAAAACUACAAUCCAAAAGAGAAACACAGAUGCAAAGUCUGCUGAUAAGGGAAUCAAAAUAAAGGAGGAGAAACAAUAAAUUUAACUAAUCCAAUCACUUCAGAUGUCCAAAGUGGACUAAUAUUCAUCUUACAUCAAUCAUACUGAUUAAAUUAACACAAUAGUACAUAUUGGUUAGACCGAGUACGAGAGAAUCAUCAUAGGAAAGCGUAUAUACACAAAAUGCUCUCCAAUAUUCUAAAUUUCAAAUAGCUAUAAAUAACUUAGAUAAUGCAAAGAUUACAAUUAGGCGUCAUUUUCAGAAAUGAGUAAGGUGCUCAAGUUUCCGGGCCUGAAAAAACCUAGAACGCCCUUUACCACUUGAUUCUAUUUCUUCACUUCUCUUCUUGGAAGUGGUGAAACCCAUAUUGUUCAAUUUCAAUUGCCGUUUGCCAUUACUAUUAUUGCCGUUGCCGUCUUCAUCCAAGUCAGACUCCC